GCGACUUCAGUGGCGCCAUGAGAGCGGGCAGCGGCGGAGAUUGAAGUGAGUGAAUUCAGAUACAACUCAACCUUGAUAGAGGGCUUUUUAAAAAUAAAAAGUUGAUUCGGUGCAUGGGAGCAAGUUACUGCUGCUUACCGAUCAGAGACUUACAGGUGCUUGCCUGCAUUGCAAUAAAGGACUCAUAUAUUGAGCAAGACUUAUAUUUAUCUCUUCAUUUUGGAGAGCUUAAUAAACUGUUAUUACAGUUUCUCUACUGACUUUCAAAAGUUUUAAAGUUUGAAAGAGACAUCUUUACAAUUAACACAGCAUGAGCACGGCCAGAACAGAAAACCCUGUUAUAAUGGGUCUAUCCAGUCAAAAUGGUCAGCUGAGGGGCCCUGUGAAACCCAGUGGUGGCCCUGGAGGAGGGGGAACACAGACACAGCAACAAUUGAACCAGCUGAAAAACACCAACACAAUCAAUAAUGGCACUCAGCAGCAAGCACAGAGUAUGACCACCACUAUUAAACCUGGUGAUGACUGGAAAAAGACUUUAAAACUCCCUCCAAAGGAUCUAAGAAUCAAAACUUCGGAUGUGACCUCCACAAAAGGAAAUGAGUUUGAAGAUUAUUGUUUGAAACGGGAGUUAUUGAUGGGAAUUUUUGAAAUGGGCUGGGAAAAACCAUCUCCUAUUCAGGAGGAGAGUAUUCCCAUUGCUUUAUCUGGUAGGGAUAUUUUAGCUAGAGCAAAAAAUGGAACCGGCAAGAGCGGUGCCUACCUCAUUCCCUUACUUGAACGGCUAGACCUGAAGAAGGACAAUAUACAAGCAAUGGUGAUUGUUCCUACUAGAGAACUUGCUCUACAGGUCAGUCAAAUUUGCAUCCAGGUCAGCAAACACAUGGGAGGGGCCAAAGUGAUGGCAACUACUGGAGGAACCAAUUUACGGGAUGAUAUAAUGAGGCUUGAUGACACAGUACAUGUGGUGAUAGCUACCCCUGGGAGAAUCCUGGAUCUUAUCAAGAAAGGAGUAGCAAAGGUUGAUCAUGUCCAGAUGAUAGUAUUGGAUGAGGCGGAUAAGUUGCUGUCACAGGAUUUUGUACAGAUAAUGGAGGAUAUUAUUCUCACGCUACCUAAAAACAGGCAGAUUUUACUAUAUUCUGCUACUUUCCCUCUUAGUGUACAAAAGUUCAUGAAUUCCCAUUUGCAAAAACCAUAUGAAAUUAACCUGAUGGAGGAACUAACUCUGAAGGGAGUAACCCAGUACUACGCAUAUGUAACUGAGCGCCAAAAAGUACACUGCCUCAACACACUCUUCUCCAGGCUUCAGAUAAAUCAGUCGAUCAUUUUCUGCAACUCCUCUCAGCGAGUUGAAUUGCUAGCCAAGAAGAUUUCUCAGCUGGGUUAUUCUUGCUUCUAUAUCCAUGCUAAAAUGAGGCAGGAACAUCGAAAUCGUGUAUUUCAUGAUUUCCGAAAUGGCUUAUGCCGAAAUCUUGUUUGCACUGAUCUGUUUACCCGAGGUAUUGACAUACAAGCUGUGAAUGUGGUGAUAAACUUUGACUUCCCAAAGCUGGCAGAGACUUAUCUCCAUCGUAUUGGAAGAUCAGGUCGUUUUGGUCACCUUGGCUUGGCCAUCAACUUGAUUACAUACGAUGAUCGCUUCAACCUGAAAAGUAUUGAGGAGCAGCUGGGAACAGAAAUUAAACCUAUUCCAAGCAACAUUGACAAGAGCCUGUAUGUGGCAGAAUACCAUAGCGAGCCUGUAGAAGAUGAGAAACCUUAACAAGCAUGCUUUGACAAACAGAAGGCCCGUUUGGAUCUGUGACACAUCGUUUUCGGGGGAUGCUCUUCUCUUUGUGUGUUUUUCAUCAUCUUUUCUUUUGGAACUAUGAAGACUUAAAAGAGCUCAGACUUUCAUUUUUCUUUUUCUUUUUUUUUUUCUUUUUUUAAGUGCUGAAGAGAAAAAAGCUGAAAAGAAGGAAUAUACCUUUUUUGUUCCACUUGUUUGCACUGUGUGCUGACUGAACAUUAGUUGCACUAACUGCUGGUUUUAAAAAAAAAAAAAAAAAAUUCUGGGGGAGGGGGACAAGGAAGGAGGAGAAAGAAGAGAAGGGGAGAAACCCUGAAAAGAGAAGAAUCUUGAUGAACACACAAGCUUGUCUGCAGUUUCAAAAUUCUCCAACAGCUGACUUCCGAGUGCAUUUCAACUUCUCCUUGGUUACUCAUCCGUUUUUUAAGCCUAAAGAGCUUAUUACUUAUUUGUGCGAAGUGCCUUAUGCUAUGAGACCAUUCAGAAUAUCAUCUUUCAGACACAGCCCAAGGAAUCAACGAGUAAUUUUUUCUUUUUUCCUUCAGUUUUUGUCUUUUUGUUUUGGUUUCACUUUGAAGUUUCUCUCUUCCCUUUCUACACACGUACUCAAGCCCAGGGCUGGAAGAUGAAACAUAAUAGUAAUGUUAAACACCUUUUAUUUUUCUUUAUGUGGAGGAGUUGAUAUGCAACUGCAGUUCAUCCGCACUGUAAAUACAUGUAUUUAAAAAAAAAAAAAAAUCCCAAGUAAAAAUUUCUUUUGGGCUGAAUAGAUGCACCAUCAUCGCUCCCAAAGGAAAGAGCAGUCUGUCAUUGCAGGAGCCAUAUGACAAGCCUUUGUGCUCUGUAGCAGAACACUAAAGACUGGUUUUACAUACGCCUCCAUUAGCAGUUAUGGCACUUGAUAUGUAGACAUGUCAGAGCCUUGACCCUCUUUCCUCUGUGGUAAAGCGUGUCCCAUAGAAAAUUGGGUGUGUAUACUUGUAUAAACUUUGUAAAUAAGUUUUUUUUUUUCUGGGUUCAUAUAUAUAUAUACAUAUAUAUAUAUAUUUUUGUUUUGUUUUGUUUUUUGUUUUGGAUGAAGGUUGCUGGGAUUAAGGGGAUUAGAGUGAUUAUGGGAGCAGCUGAAGAUGAGAGGGGCUCAGUUUUCCGCAACACUAAAUUCUAAAUGUACCUUGGCCUUAUAUUGUAGAAGAUCUCUACAGGGAUCCUAUAUUAGAAAAGGGACCCUGAAGUCGGAUCCAAUGUGUUAUGCUACACUGUCUCAUCUAGUACCUUUGGAGGAGACCCAUCAGAGAGCAAGCAAGGAAGGUUCAAAAAUUUGUAAUUCAAGAUGUUAUUUUGAGAAGCUCUCUGAUUUUACUUCUUUUCCCCCUUUUUUAAAAAUUGAACUUUUAAAGCUCUACAAAAAGGGUCAGUGAUUAAUCUACCUUGCAGUGUGGAGAUUCUAAUGAGUGACAGUGUAUAGUAUAAAGCACGAGUUUGCAUUUCAGAAUAUUAACCAGUACCAGCUUUGGUAACAUCAGCAGUUCUGAAGCUAAAUACCUAUGGAUCAUAUCCUGUAGUGUAUAUAAGUGUUGUCCUCUGCCCACCUUGAUAACAUAAACUCUUGCAGAAAUGGGCAACCUGAGAGAACUGUUACUACAGUGCUACAGAAAACUGCUUGCCAUCUUCUGUGACAAGAAUUGUUACCUGUUGUUUUGCAUUGUAAAUUGCUGGCAGAUGCUUUAUAGUCAGUAGUGUUGCUUUAAAUUGUGCCCCUCCCAACAUGCUUGAUGUUUGGCCUGAUCUCCAGGCAAAAGGAGUGAGAUGAAUCAACCAGUGAACUUUUUUUUUUUUUUUUAAUGUUUUUUAAUCCCUUUUAACCCAGUAUACUACGUCAAUCAGGAGGCAUCUAGGAGAAAAAGGUAAAAACUUGAUUUUUUAAAAAUUUCAUUUCCAUAGUCCAUCGUUUGUCAAAAUCUUAAAUUUAAGUCCUGCAUAUGAUAAUGCUUUCAAGCUUAACUCAUCAGGAUAAAGAAAUCAAUUUGAAGUUGCUCUUUGGUUCUGCCUAGUUCUACACGAAACUGUUUGUGACUCAGAUUCCUUGAGGUUCAAAAUCCUGCAGAUGCCUCCUGAUUAGACAUAGCCCUAAUUCCUUCCAACUGUAGCAAGAGCUGCACAGUACAAACUCAAAAAAGAACGAGUUCAUUUAUUUGGAAUCCAAGCCACGUAUGUUCUAUCCAGCCAAUGCUGAUUUAUUCUGAAUGCGAUCCCUAGCUAAUAAAGUAACUUUUUUCCAGGGAAGGGUUGGGGGGAAGGAAUUUAAAAGGCAUCACAUUUUGACCAAAACUCUUGCCUUUGUACUGAUGCAGCUCUCUGUUCCCUCCGUCUCUGGCGAGAUUAAGAGGG